ACAUAAAUGGAAAUGGAUACUUCAGAAACUUAUGUUAACUAUAUGACACAAAAUCAAGUAACUUUAAAUAAAAGUUUACAAAAUGAACCAUGUGAUACUUUAGGCACAUCACAAGAGCAAAGCUUACACAUUAUAGUUGAGCCUCAAAUUGAUGGUCAAACAAAUUAUAUACAUUUAAUUAAUCCUCCCACUGGACAGAUAAUAUCUUCAUAUAUAGCAGAUCAUGGAUCUCAUAUUGAAAUACAACCUGGUGUAUUUUUUCGUGUUCCUUUUCCUCAUGAACAUGGAUACCCAUAUGGUGGAAACAACUAUCCUAUAUCUAAUCAACACUCUUAUCAUCAAGUUUUUCCAAACAAUAUUAGUUCACAUAGCAGACAAAAUUUUCCUAGUAUUAUCAUACCAAGCCAACAAUAUAAUCCUUUUUGUUCAGUGCAUGGGUCACCUAGAAGUUUUCAAACACAGCCUGUGGUUCAAGACAUAGAUAAAAGAAGAGAAAAACUACAAAAAAAAAUUAGUGACAAACAAGCAAAUAUAAACGAUUGUACAUGUGUAAAACAUACCUAUCAUAAGAAGUUAAGCGAUAAAAACUGUGUCGUAGAUCCUGUUGGAAAUAAUAUAUCGAUUGAUGACACUUCAUUGCAUGUUUCUUUGGAGGCAGAAGCUGUAAGUCCAUACGCAAUAAUUUUAAAGUGGUGCUUAAAAUCAAAUGCAUUGCUCUCAUGUGAAUUUGAUUUACAAAUAUCAACAAAAGGAAAUAUUUACAAAUCUAUUUACAACGGCCCUGAGAAGUGUUUCACAGCUCACGAACUCAAUCCUGGAACACUUUAUACUUUCAGACUUUGUGCUGUUUCAAACGAUACACAAGGUUCUUAUUGCGAUCCUGUUGCGUGUACUACAUUUUGUUCAGUGCCUGAUAAACCUUUUCCACCAAGAAUUACUCAAAAGUCAAAAAAUUCUCUUACUUUGAAAUGGACUGCACCAUAUGAUGGUGGAUCUCCAAUUACAUUUUAUAGAAUUCAAUGGAGAAAGGAUACAAAUGAAGAAUUUAAGGAUUUGUAUGUCGGAAUGCAAAAACAUUACAAACUUAAUCAUAAAUUACCUCCGCUUACUUUAUGUCAAUUUCAACUACAGGCUGCUAAUGAACUUGGAGAAGGUGAAUAUAGUACAAUAUUGGAAUAUUUAACUUGUGGGGGACCCCCUAAUACUCCUAAUCAACCUGAACUUACAGAGUGCCAUACUAAUAUGUUGAGUUUAAGCUGGAAUGAACCAGAUGACAAUGGCUCACCAAUUUUGGAAUACAAACUCGAAAUGAAUAAUCCAACUGAUGGUUAUGGUUUUAUGGUACAAUAUUGUGGAGAACUAAAGUAUUUUACAUGUAACAACCUUCUAAGGAAUACACCAUAUACUUUUCGACUUAUGGCUACAAAUGACUACGGAUCAAGUAAAUAUAGUGUUCCUGUUACAUAUUCAACUUUGGCUGAAGCUCCUGGGAAGAUGGCUAAGCCUAUGUUAAAUGGAAAAAUUAAACCAUUUUCAAUUCCUAUCAAAUGGGGAUUACCAAAAGAUACUGGUGGGGAUCAAAUAAUUGGUUAUGUUUUGGAAAUGGAUGACGGUUUAGGCCAAUCAUUUGUUAAAGUAUACCAUGGGCCUGAUAAUGAAUUUGUAAUAAAUAACUUGCAACCAGGACGCACUUACCAAGUCAAAGUUGCUUCCGAGAGUAAAGUUGGAAUUGGAACUUUUUCACCAGUUGCAAAUUUUACAACAUUGGCAGUAUGUCCUAAAAAUGUUAAUCCACCGCGAUUGUCUUUGGCUCCUGAAAUGAAUGUCUUACAUUUAGAAUGGGAUCCUCCACUUGACAUUGGUGGUUCAAUAAUUACAUCAUAUAGUGUAAAGAUGGUACAUAAGGAUGGAAAGAGUGAUAUUGUUUAUAAUGGAGUAAAGCAAGGGUGUUCUGUGGGAGAUUUAGAACCAGGAAAAGAAUAUUUUUUUUCUGUACAAGCCACAAACUCUGCAGGGUCGAGUCAAUGGUCUUCAGUGGUAGGUUUCAAAGCAGCACCUGGCCCACCUGAAGCUAUACAUCCUCCUAAUAUUUCAUUUAAGUCACCCACACAUAUCUUCUUUGAUUGGAUGGAACCAACUUUACAUGGAGCACCAAUAACCAUGUAUUCUUUAGAAAAAUUAGAAAAUGAGUUGUUUCAAAAGGUGUUUCAUGGAACAACUUCAUUUUGUGAUUUAAAACAAGGUGUUCAACCUGCCACUACUUAUUAUUUUCGACUGCAGGCACAUAGUGCAGCAGGCAACAGUCCAUACAGUUCUAUUUUUACUGUUAAAACACCUCCAGCUCCACCUGGUCCUGUUCAGGAUAUCAAGAUUCUUGAACAAACUUCAAAUUCAUGCUUUAUCGAGUGGCCACAUCCACAAGAUAAUGGAUCACAAAUUAUUGAGUAUAUUUUGGAGGCCACUGGCACAACAUCAAUGCUAUAUACUAUACCACGCACAAUUUGUGUAGAAGAUAGUAUGUUAGAUAUCCUUCCUGUUUCAGAAAAGGCUAACGAAGUUAAACAAGAGAAAUUGGACUCAUCUGAUGAUGAAUAUAGCAGUAGUGAUGAAGAAGAGGUUUUACAUAACUCAAUAAGUGGUUCAGAAUCAUCAGUAACACUUCGACAGAAUGAUAAUGUUAUGGAAUACAGACUGACUGGAUUAGAACCAGAUACACUUUACAAAUUGCGUAUUCAAGCUGUAAGUGAAGUAGGCAUUGGUGCAUUUAGUCAAUAUGUACAGUUCUAUACAAAAGAGUUACCGCCAUUGGCUCCUACACUCAGCGCUUCAUCUAUUUCUUAUCACAGUAUUAAAUUAAAGUGGGGACAUCAGUCAUCAAAGAAGUCAAUCUUAAAUCACACAUUACAAAUGCAAAAUAAAUCUGGAAGUUUUAAUACUGUAUACUCUGGCAUGGAUACAUCAUUUACUUUAAGUAAAUUAAAAGAACUGACACCUUAUUGUUUUCGCAUACAAUCAUCUAAUGAAGCUGGAGAAGGCCAAUUUUCAAUGCCUAAAGUAUUUUAUACUAAAGCUCAACCUCCAUCUCAUGUAAAAGAAUUGAUAUGUCAGCAUGUUGAUAUCUCAUCGAUUAAAUUGAUUUGGACACCAGUUGAAAGCAUUCGUCCAGACGAUAUCACUAAAUACACCCUUCAAAUGCAAAAUGUUGAGUUAGGAAAUAACUUCAAUCAGGUAUACAACGGAAUUGAAACAGAAUUUACUGUGUGCGAUCUUGAACCAGAUAAAGCAUAUCAGUUUCGUAUUUAUGUUACUCGAACAUUAUCUGCUAUGGAUCGAAAUAUUUUAGCUAACGUACCAGAGGACAUCAAAAGUAUUCACUCUCCAAUAAUCCGUGUUCAUACUUUACGUCAAGCAAUCUCAAAAGAAUGUGAACAUGAUUUGAAAAAAAUAGAACCAGCUCAGGCGAUUGGUUUAACAGACACUCACAUCGCUCUGAUAUUUUUAGUCAGUUUUUUAGCGAUAUGCGUCGUUACUAUAGUUUUGAUGUAUAUUGCUACAAAUUAAUUGAAACGGGUAACGCGUUUUAGGGUUAAAGUUGCCUAUAGAAGUUUCUGUUAAUGAUUUUGUUUAACAGGGUUUAAUAUGAAAAAUAUAGGCUUUAUACACACAUGUAUACACUUACAUGGUAAAUAAGGGGAUUGCUUAUCCCUUUUCAAUUGGAUUAUUUAAUAUUGAAUAACCAAAAAGGUUAAUUAUGUUAAUUAAACCUCCUAAAUGCAAACUGUAGAUAUAUGCAUAUAUAUAUAUAUAUAUAUAUAUAUAUAUAUAUAUAUAUAUAUAUAUAUAUAUAUAUAUAUAUAUAUAUAUAUAUAUAUAUAUAUAUAUAAUAGUAAUAAUUAGAGGAUUAUGUAUUCAUAUAUAUUAUGUUUAAUAUUAAUGUUUAUCGUUAUUAUAGUUUAAAAUAAUAUUUUUUUAGAAGGGUGCAUAAAAAGGGCUUAUAUAUUGGGGUGUUUUUAAAAUCAUGACAUAAAGGAAGUAUAAAAUCAUAUUAAGAAUUAAAAACAACUUCUUUUUUUAGUAUAUAAAAUUAUUCAAAAUGAAAUUAUAAUAUUUAUAUUAAUUGUAUUAUAAAAUAUAUGUAUUAUAAUGCGGAAACCUAUGUAUAGUCAACAGGUUUAACUUUCUUUCUAAAUGAAUAUUCUAUUUGACACUUUCGAAUGUCUAUUUGAAACAAAUCGAUUUGCAUCAACUUACAAGGGAGGACUGAAUUUUUUUUUUUUUUUUUUUAAUGUCUAAUUUUUAAAGUAAGUUAACAAAAACAUUAAAAGUUAGAUUAAAAAAAUGGACUUUUAAUCUAAUUUAUAAUAACCGUAGUUCAAAGGCGUCUUUUUUUAAAUCUUUUUCGUCCAAAAAAAUAUAGAAUUCACUCCUGAUUUCCCUUGUAAAUCGCAAUUUUUUUUAUUGCUUUCUAAUUAUUUUUGUAUGAAUCUAUCAAGUUUAUUUAUUUAGUAAUUUUUUUUGUUAAUAAAGCAUUUAUAAUGCAUAUGUUUUUGUUUUGUCAUUGGGUGUCAUCGGGCAUGAACAUGUUUUGUGUUGUCAUUUAAAAGUGAAAUAUUUUACAAAUGUAUUUUUGUUUUUAACAUGGAGAUCUUUUUGAAGUGGAACCAUUAUCUUUUAAAUAUGAUAAAGUAACAUUAAUAAGUGUGACUUGUUAGUAGUUAGUUUAUAAUUAUGUUAUAAUGAAAUGUAAAAAUAAGUAUGAAAUAAAAACUGCACUUUUUUUUUUAA